AUGCAUAAUCCCAACAAUCCAAAACCACUCAAGAACAUUUUAACAAAAGCAUAUGAUUGUGAUGUGUGCUCUAAACAGUUUACAAACAAAAAAGAAUUUGAGUUACAUUAUACAGAACAUUUUGAAUCAAAUACGUGCAAAUCAUGCGGUCGACAAUUUAAGACACUUCAACACUUCAAAUUACAUGUAUUUCGGCACCAUUUCAAAACUGAAACAUGUACACGUUGUGGCAAACUUUUUCAUAAAAGAAUUAUUGAGAAACAUAUGCGUUCACAUGAUAUUCAAAAGGUUAUUACCUUUUGUGAGAUUUGCAAUAAAACAUUUGGUUCAGCCUUAUCACUUGCGAGACAUUUAGUGAAACAUACGACUGUUCGAUGUAAAUUUUGUGGAGUACAUAAAAUAAAAUCAAUGGAAAAACAUUUAGAAGUUCGCAGAAAAGGUAAAGUACAAAAAUGUUCGCUGUGCUGUAAGUUUGUAAGUGACAUAGAUGCUCAUAAUAAAAACAUUCAUAAAAAUACACAAUUUAUUUUUUGCACCAUGUGUCCUGAAAAGUUAACGUCAAUUGCAGAAAGAGGUGCUCAUAUUCAAAAAGUUCAUUUUUCAACCAAGAAAUGUCCUAGCUGUAAGGAACAAAUGGAUAUCAUCAAAUUAGAUGACCAUAAAUUGGUCGUAAAAAGCUAUACCAAUGCAAGAGAGACAAUGUUUAGAAUGCAACGCAGACAUCUUUGUCACGUGAGGACUACUCUUGUUCGAAGAAUACAUCAUAAGGGUAAUUUGUGUGGAUUUUUUGGAGCUUCGAUGGCUGUGAUGAGACGACACUGUUUUAAAUAUCACGAAAAUGAAACUGAUUGGGUUACGAUUAAGGUUGCUAAAGGACCCAAUCAAAAACCACCGAAGAGGUGGAACUUCCUGUAUAAAUGCCAUUGUGGAAAACCAUUUAAAUAUGAAAGUUCACUUAGCGAACACAGGUCCAAAUGUCUGUUGGUAAAGCCAUUCAAAUGCAGAGUAUGUGACUCCAGAUUCAUAACUAAACGCAAUCUUUUUCAACACCAGAGGAAAUAUCACAUUCCUAGAGUGGUGGAAGAAGCAUCGAAAAAGAAAAACUUGACCAAUGCUAAAGAUUGUCAAUUGAAACGAAGAGCUGUGCCUAGUGAUAUUGUAGUAACGUAUAGACAAAGGAAGAAAGCAUUAAAAUGUAAGCUUUGUGAUUAUUAUUGCUUUAGUUCCAAAUUUAUGGGGCACCAUAGAAGGACGUAUCAUGACAGUGACAAUUUGUGUUUAGAAGAACUCAAUUAUAAACCAGAAGUGGAACGGUAUAUGUGUAAAGACUACAGUCAGGAAGAUACAAAGUCAGAUGUUACCUGAUAAAAUUAGUUGUGCUGUUUAUAAAAAAUUUAUUUAAGUUAUGUUUUAUUAAUUAUAGAAGUC